AUGCAAGGGUAUUCGAGACUUUCUCUCCUUUCUGAGUUCUUGAAAUGCGUUCAGUCCAUCACAUCACAGGGCUCGAACCUCAAGAAAGGAGAUUGCUUCCAGCUCAGGCGUAGUUUCUCACAGCAAGAUGUCUCAAAGUUCGCCGAUCUGUCGGGAGACGAUAAUCCGCUGCAUCAAAGUGCCGAUUUGACUUCCUCUACAUUUGCCCAACCAGUUGUGCAUGGGAUCUUUGUUGCCAGCAUGUUCUCAGCGGUUAUAGGCCGCAACUUUCCAGGAGCGAUCUACCUUAAUCAGCAGCUCAAAUUUUCUGCCCCUGUCUUCUUUGAUGAGGAAGUUACAGCAAGAGUCACUGUAACACGAUGCAAGCAAGUGAAGAAUGUGUGCGUCGCCAGCAUGGAAACUGUUGUUGAAAAAGCAAACGGGCAGGUCGCAAUCAGUGGAAGCGCGCUUUGCAGUAUCCCCGCUGCUCUCUUGCAUGGUCAUCCAUCAGAAUGA